UGACGUCAUCAUCCAGUGACAUCACGGGGCGGGGCGGACGCUGCGGCGCUUCCGUCGCGGCCCGAGCGCGAUCGGAGGCGGGAGCCGGGCCCAGGUGAGGGGCGCGCGUUGCCAUGGCGACGGGCGGGGGGCGGCCCGCGGCCUAGCUCUGGCCUGGCCGCCCUCUCCUUUCUUCCCGCAGCCGCGCCGAGCCCAGGACAGCCCGGCCCAGCCCAGGACAGCCCGGCCCGGCCCAGCACGGCCCAGCACGGCCCAGCCGCACCGACGACACCAUGGCCAGCUCCCCCGUGUCCCGCGUGGUCUACAACGGCAAGCGGAGCGGCGGCCCACGCUCCCCCGGCGCCGGUAGCGAGAUCUUCACCCCGGCCCACGAGGAGAACGUGCGCUUCAUCUACGAGGCCUGGCAGUGCGUGGAGCGUGACCUGCGCAGCCAGAUGGGCUCCGAGCGCAGCCUGGUCGAAGAGUAUGUGGAGAAGAUGCCAAACCCAAGCCUGAAAGCGUUUAAACCUGUUGACCUGGGUGAUCUGAAGAGGAGGAACACACAGGAUGCAAAGAAGUCCUAAGGCGAGUCCUCCGUGUGGAUCGGCUGGUCUCCUAAGGUCCUCAAGCAGAUUUAAUUUGAGAUUUUUGUGUUGAUUUCCUCCUCUGGUCUGUACUUCCCAAUGCCCACGGGAGAGCCAGUCAGCUUUGGGGCUGGCUCUGAAGCUUCCUGAAAUCGGAGAUGCUCACAGGGGCUUGCUGAGGGUGCCCAGAGCCUGUGCAAAGGAUUCUAGCCCCCCCUGCUCACAGCUUCCUCUGGCCUCAAGCUGUCCUUCCCCACUUCAUCCUGGUCUCACAGAUCUCCUGCUCUUCUCCAUCUCUGCCCCUGGUGUUUGGGUAUGUGGGCUCUCUGGCCCGCGGCAAAGCGGAGCGGCUGCGCGGUCGAUGGAGGCAGCACCAGUUCUCGGCUCCCUCAGGUGCACGGAGGAUCUGCUGGGGCGGGCAGGGGGAGAGGGAAGGAGAGCUGGUUCUGUCCUUACGCUCGGGAGGGACAGCGAGACCCCGCAGCUCAGUGCCCUCCUGCAGCUGAUGCCAGGCAGGUCCCCGCGGCUGCUCCUGCUCGGGGGCUGGUGUGGGGGCCGUGUCGGCGCCGCCCGCGCUCGUGGGUCCGAGGCCGGAUCCUCAGGGUUAGACUGGGCCGGGUCCCCGCGGUGCUGCAGACCGGGCUGCUCCCCUCUCUCUGCAGCUGGGGACACAUGGGGUGUGGGCGCUGCCCCAGCACCCUGGGUGUGCUCAGAGGGGGGCUGGGCUCGGUGCCCGCGGCGCUGGGGCAGCCCCGGGGCAGGUGGCAGCAGGGGGGCAGCUGGUGCUGACUGUGCGGAAAGCAGCUCGCUGGCAGCCUGGCCCGGGCCGUGCCAACACCAUUUUCCAGACGUGUGUCCUUGGGGGAGACCUGCCCCCCCCAGCUGGCGGGGCUGUCAGCGCGGGGGCUGCAGCCGCCAGUGUCAGUCGCCCCGGGGGGCUCUCCUGGGACCCUCAUUCCUGGCCAGGCCCAGUGGUUUCUGCAUCAUCACCUCUGAGCGAAGGGGAGCAACUGGGUUGUCCCCCCGUCUGCGCCGUGGGGAGUGGUGGGAGCAGCCCCCCACACCCCUGGGGGCAGCUGGCGGGGAGGGGCCAGGAGGGGGCUCUGCCCAGCACUGGUGGGCUCCAGGGGGUCUGGGGGAAGCCGUGGCUGCCAUUACCUUUCCUCUGUUGAGUCGUUGAGCUGUACUGUUCCCUUUUCUUGUUUUUUUUUCUGUUGUCUGUCACUUGAGGAGUGUUGUAAAUAAAAGCUGGUGUCCUUUUG